CUUUAAGAAGCUGCUCCGCUGCAGCGAGCGGGGGCCGGAGCCGCAGCCGGAGCAAGCGGACUGAGCCCAGCCGGCAGGUGCACGGCUGCGGGGACAGCAGCGGCAUGACCGGCUGGGGCUACGGCCAGGACGACGGUCCCUCAAAUUGGCACAAGCUGUAUCCUAUUGCCCAGGGAGACCGUCAGUCACCCAUCAACAUCAUAUCCAGCCAGGCUGUGUACUCGCCCAGCCUGCAGCCACUGGAGCUUUCUUACGAGGUCUGCACGUCCCUCAGCAUCACCAACAAUGGCCACUCUGUCCAAGUAGACUUCAAUGACAGUGAUGACCGAACUGUGGUGACUGGGGGUCCCCUGGAAGGGCCCUACCGCCUCAAGCAGUUCCACUUCCACUGGGGCAAGAAGCACGAGGUGGGCUCGGAGCACACGGUGGACGGCAAGUCAUUCCCCAGCGAGCUGCAUUUGGUUCAUUGGAAUGCCAAGAAGUACAGCACCUUUGGGGAAGCGGCCUCGGCACCUGAUGGUCUGGCUGUGGUUGGCAUCUUCCUGGAGACAGGGGAUGAGCACCCCAGCAUGAACCGCCUGACAGAUGCACUCUACAUGGUUCGGUUUAAGGGAACCAAGGCCCAGUUCAGCUGCUUCAACCCCAAGUGCCUCCUGCCUGCCAGUCGGCACUAUUGGACUUAUCCAGGUUCCCUGACUACACCUCCCCUCAGUGAGAGUGUCACCUGGAUUGUGCUCCGUGAGCCCAUCAGUAUCUCUGAGAGGCAGAUGGAGAAGUUCCGGAGCCUGCUUUUCACCUCAGAGGAUGAUGAGAGGAUCCACAUGGUGAACAACUUCCGACCACCACAGCCACUGAAGGGCCGUGUGGUCAAAGCCUCCUUCCGGGCCUGAGCUCCUCAUCUGCCCAGCUGGCCACUAGGGCACAGUCUUCCCAAGGGCUUCCAUGUCAGCAGACACCAAACCAUCUGAGGCUCCCUGCCUGGGGGGUGCUGUGGCCCCCCUUCAGCUGGCUUGCUUCUUGGCUACCCUGAAGGAUUCUUGAUGGGACCUUCAAGUCAGGGGUACCCUUCAGCUGCCAUGGGGACCAAAAGAAUAGGAGCUCAGCAGGGCCCAAGCCUGGGGCUGCCUCUGUUCUCCAAGACCCAAAGGCCCCUGGGAACCUCCUCUUGUCUUCCCUACUGGCAGUGGCAGCAGCCCCACCCUGAGCUCACACUGUGAUGGACAAGCCCUAGCUCCCCAGGGCAGGCAGCUGACACUGCCAGGAAGAUGCAAGCAAUAAUUAGAGGUGGGCAGAUUUGCCCUCUCAGCAUUACCUCUUCUGCAGGCCUCCGCCAUGCACGCACCUCACUGCCAGGCCAUUAAAAUCAGCACCCAGCCUGCUGGAGGUGACGUGGCCUUCUCCCUCUAGCCACCUGCUGCUCUGAGCAGGCCCUGGCUACAGCUUAUAUAUUAUCUUCCUUUGUUCCCACCCAGCCACCAAAGCCACCUACAUGACAAUCCAUCCAUGUAUUAAUUAAUAAAUUCAUUUAUCCAUGCGACAAA